GCACGGGAGAGUGCGGCCGUUGGGGCGGCCGAGGCCGCGGCGGCCCGCGCAGAGUUGCAGCAAGAGAUGGAGCGGGUGGUCGCCGAACUCGAAGCAGCGCGCUCCGGUGGCGCGGCUGUCGAUGUCGAGGCGCUGCGAGAGGAGCUGCGGGCCGCGAAGGCGGCUUCGGACGACCUGGUGGCGACGCUGGAGGGCGCCGAGGAGGAGAAGUGCCAGGCCGAGGCUCAGAUGACACGCGCGCAGGCCGAGGCCGCUUCGCUGCGGGAGAAGCUGCUGCUGGCGUCGCAGCUCGCACGCGACGCCGAGGCCACAAAGGAGGGCGCGGUUCGCGACGCUUUGCAAAGACGCGAGGGCGAGGCGGAGGAGGAGCAGCGCGCUGCGGUGGAGAGCGCGGUGGCGCGGGCUUUGGAGGAGGCGGGCGCUCGUUUGCAGGAACGGGACGCCGGCGUCGCUGCGGCGGAGAUGCGGGCCGCCGCGGCCGAGGCUGCGCUCUCUGAGGCGCGCUCCGCGCCCGCCGGGGACCCGUUCCUCACCUCUGCCAAGGCUCGCAUAGCGAGCGCGGUCGAUGCGCGGCGGCGGUGGGGCCUUCGCGAGGCGGAGUUGGUGCUGCGCAUAGAGACGCUGGACGAGCUGUUCCGACGGACAGAGACUGACGAGAUCGCGGCGUGGCUGCCGACCUCGGCGUCGCAGUUCCGGUCGCUGCUCCAGCAGGUGGGUCAGGAGGCGAGUCAGACGUACCGCGAUUGGAGACCAACAUACGGGACUAAGUUUUGUGACUAA